UGGCUUCAUAGCAAAUCGACUACCGCAACGCUCUAUACUGCGCAAAUCGGCCUACAUCUUCAAGUAUUCCAGUUGAAGAAGCUGAUUAAUUAGGUAUUUAUCAGCUGUUACCAACAUGGCGCAAUCCGGCGAGCAUGAUCCUCCUGACAAAUAGCCUUGAUAAUGGCCGGAGAGGGUUUUUGUAUAAAGGCUCGUCUGAGCCGGCUGUAUGAGAAGAGUAUAUUCGCUCCAGACAGUGAAGACAGACCAUUCUAAGAUACUAAAGCAUUCAAAGAAUCUAUUCUGCCAUAUUCUCACUAUCUAUUUACCUUGAACACUGUAAUUAGUUCCUAGGUACCUAUAGGUACACACCACAAUCACCACCAUGAACUACACCAAAACCCAACACACCAAGCCCUACGGCGCCAUCUCCCCCUCCCUCCCACACCUCUCCACAGCAUCCAAAUCCAUCUUCAUCGUCGGCGGCUCCGCCGGCAUCGGCAAAGCCACCGCCCUAGCGUUCCUCGAAUCCGGAUCCCGCCGCCUCGCUCUAACCGGCCGUCGCGAGGCCGUCCUAUCUGCCACCGCAGCAGAGCUCCAAGCUAAGUACCCCGAUGCCACGGUCCUGACGUCUGCCGCGGACGUCGCGGACGAGGCAGGCGUGCACGCCGCGUUUGCUAGAGCCAAGGCCGAGUUUGGGGGGGCUUUGGACGUUGUUGUUAAUGCGGCGGGCGCCCAGCCCCCGUUGCGGGCCCUGGCUUCGACUGGCUUGGACGCCUGGUGGGCGGGCUUCGAGACGAAUGUUAGGGGCGCGGCGGUCGUGGCGCGGGCUGCUGCUGCGUAUGCUGCGGCGGGGGCGGUGGUCGUGUACCUGGGCACGGCGGGAGCGGUGUUCCCGGCGGAUGGGGCGCUGCCGAUGUCUGGGUAUGCGGCUAGUAAGCUGGCGGGGGUGAAGGUGAUGGAGUACUUUGGCGCGGAGAACCCGGGGCUGAGGGUUGUUAGUGUGCAUCCGGGGGUUGUGACGGAGACGGAGGGGGGGAGGAAGAUGGUUGAGGAGUCGGGGUUGGAGUGGCCGGGGGAUGAUAUUAACCUACCGGCCCAUUUCCUCGUCUGGGUCGCGAGCGAGGAGGCUGGGUUUUUGAAGAAUAAGUUUGUUUUUGCUGGGUGGGAUGUUGAUGAGUUGAAGGCGAGGAAGGACGAGAUUGCGCAGUCGCCCGAGUUGAUUCUUGGUCUGAAUGGGUUCCCUCGUAGUGUGUAA